CACUUUGUCUCUUCCACAUUUCUAUUUAUCUUCUCUAAUUCUAUCAAAACAACAAGACGCUUUCUCUUUUUUUACCAGCAGCGGCCACUUCUCUCUCACUUGAAACCAUAUCCGCCGAAACCGCAUCCAAUGCCACCGUAACUGCCAUUUUCCGGCCACCUCAUCACAUUUUCCUAUGACAGAAGCAACGGCAAUGUCACUCCCGGAUGAAGUGAUGAUCGAAAUUCUUUCAAGAGUCGAUUCAAGUAAUCAUCUUGAGUUGAGGUGCGUUUGCAAGCUGUGGAAAUCGUUAUUUCUUGAUCCAAUUUUCAUGAAGAAUUACUUUCUCACUUCGAUCACCGACCUCACUUCUCUAUGUCGUAAGGCCAAUGAACAAUUCAAUGCUCUCAAAUCACGUAUUAAGGAAGAACAAGAAAAAGAAGAUGACGGCAACGAGGAAGAUCUUGAUCUUGAUUUUAAUGGUGCUGCUGCUGUAGAGGAGGAAGAGGAGGAGGAAGAAGAUGGUGAUGUUGAUGCUGAAGAGGAGGAAGAAGAAGAGGAGUAUUCGAAGAAGAAUGUGUUGGCUGAGCUAAUUAAAUUUAUGGAAAAAGAGAAACAAUUCGAGAAGAAGGGAGAAAAUCUGGAUAGUCUUGACGAAAAAUGGAUGAUAAUUAAGGUGGUUGUGUUGGAUAAUUCUUUGCUGUUUGUUAGAUAUAUCAAAAACUUUACGCUGAAUUUUCUUGAGUCUAUCAAGUCUAUGGAGGAUAGAGUGGAAUUAAAAGGGAACUCAGAAAGUAUCAGAGUUGAAAUGCAAACUAUGGAGUACAAAAUGAAGUGUCUCGAAAUCUUUACGCAGAUCUAUCUCGAGUAGAUAGAUAUAGAUCAGCAUCAUUGAUCAUGUAAGUGUGUGGUUCCUUCAAUAGUCUCACGAAUGAAUGCUGAAGAUCUGCACUACAAUCGGCUCAUUUAUAAACAUCUAGUUGGCUGGUUUUUAUUUCUCCAUUUAAUAAAUAUGAAUUAGGCUGGUUUUUAUCUUGUUUUUAAUGAAAGUUUUGAAUUUAAUGUAUGAAAACUUUGUUGGUUAACAUUCUGAAAACUUCCCUUGAUAAUUUCA